AAACAAAAACUUUGUUGGUGGAAAGUGGGAAUCACAGCAUUCCAUUGUAAACAAAGAAAACCAAUUCUCUCUCUCUCUCUCUCAAUCAAGCAGAAAUAAUGAAUCCAACAUCAUCAUCAUCAUCAUCAUCAUCAAAAUCAGAAACAAUGAAUCCAAAAAAGCAAACACAAUACCAAAACAUAAUCGUAAUGAGACAUGGAGAUCGCAUAGACAACUUCGAUCCAUUAUGGAUAUCAACAGCACCACGACCAUGGGACCCACCUCUCGUUGAAGAAGGUCGUGUUCGUGCUUUCUGUACAGCUCGCAAGUUUCGUAAUCUUUUCGGUUAUCCACUUCAUCGUGUUUUUGUUUCACCUUUUAUUCGUUGUAUUCAAACUGCUAAGGAAGCUGUUAUCGCUCUCUCCGCCAUCCAUGAUAACCCCGAAGCUCUUACUGGUGAUUCUCUUCCCAUCGAUCCUUCCAAAAUCAAGGUCUCUGUAGAAUAUGGGUUAUGUGAAAUGAUGAGCAGGAGGGCAAUUAGGCUUGAGGUGGCUCCUAAAGAUGGAAAUUGGGGUUUCGACAUAUCAGAGCGCGAGGCCAUGCUUCCAGCAGGAACAGUGGAUAAAAAUGUAGCAAGGGUCUAUAAAGAGUUGCCUAAGUGGGAGGAGCCGCUUUCGGACACGAGGGCUAGAUAUGAAAAAAUAGUCAAAGACCUUGCUGAUAAACAUCCUACUGAAAAUUUGCUCCUUGUCACACAUGGAGAAGGAGUUGGUGUAGCUUUUUCUUCUUUCAAAAAGGGUACUGAAGUAUAUGAAGUUGACUAUUGUGGAUACGUGGAACUCAGGCGCCCGAUUUUCAAGAAAGAUCAGUCAUUUACAGCAGGAGAAUUCGAAGUACUUACUAAUACCGGUCAAACUGGCGUAAAAUAUUCCAUCUAAAUCUAAUAGUCCGUGAGCAAAGACAUUUGUUAUACUUCAUAAUGGCUUUAAACACUCCAGAUUCUCACUCAUCACUCUGCUUAUUUUUACAUUGGAGUCCACUGUCCACCAAUGUCCAAAUGACGAUUCCAUUGUGCAUGAUUUAUUCAGUGGGUGAAUUUUAGCUGCAUAUUCUUCUUUCACUCGUAUGAUAUUUGGUUUGAUUGAAUGGUAAACACAGGUGGAAAAGAAAAUAGAUAUUGGUUGAGAUUAUGUUGCUGUUUUAUUCAGUAUUCUAUUGUGAAGAUAUUGCUUAGUUGUACAAUAAUAAUGAAUAAUGUAAUGUGGCUACGAACCAAAGUGAGAUAAUCUUCUUUGUGCUUUAA